UUUAAAAGUCGUCGCCUAGGCGUCGCCUAGGCGACGCCUAGGCGUCCAGGCGGGGAAAUCUUCUAGGCGUCGGCGCCGCCCAGAGGAAACCGUGUAUGGCGUCCGCCUUGGCGAGGUAGGCGUCCGCCUUGGCGUCGUAGGCGUCUGGGCGACGCCUUUUCCUCCCUGGGCGACGCCUUAUCUCGUUUUGGGCUUUAGGGUUUUGGCGGCUAGGCGCGCGUUUUGUUUUGGGCCUGUUCCACUGUGCGCGCGCGGCAAAAAUACAUUGUGCGUGCGCGGCGCCGCGGCUGCUCCUUCGCGCGCAAAUCUCUCUGCGCUCUCUCCCUGCUGCUCCUCUCUCCCUGCGCGCGGCGGCUGCUCUGCGCGCGGCGGCUGCUGCGUUCUCCCUGCGCGCGCGCGGCUGCUGCGUGCUCCCAGCGCGCGGCUCCCUGCUACCAGCGCGCGGCUGCUGCUCUCUGCGCGUGGUCUUGCGGCUCCCUGCUCCUUGCCGCAGUGCUAGCUGCUGCUGCUGACUGCGCAACGAGUAGGUUUCUGUCAAGUGUCAAGACUGCAGCGACUAGCGACAAGCCGACAACAUAAUGUCUUCUCGAAAUGAAGCUCCAUCUUCUGUGGCUGGUGAGUACGAUCCGAAGAGCGAUCCUACCCGGAAGCCACGGAAGUCUACUGAUCCAGGGUGGAAGUAUGGAUUUUGGCCAGAUCUUCAAAAUAAAGAUAAGGUGGAAUGCACCCUAUGUGGCCAGGUUGUUAGUGGAGGGAUAAAGAGGUUAAAGCAACAUUUGGCAGGGGCAUAUGGAGAUGCAAAGUUAUGUCCCAAGGCUACCAGUGGAAUAAGGAAGGAGAUGACAAGUUAUUUGGAGGCAAACAAGAGAAAAAGACCAAUGUUUCUAGAUGAAGAUGAAUAAGAUGAUGAAGUGGUGGAGGUGGCAGCAGCAGAUGGGACGAAUGAUACAUCUGCUGUGGAGUCUCAAGCAUCCAAGGUGCAGCCUAGUUCUGGUACAGCAGCCAAAAAAAGACAAUCGACCUUGCAAUUUAAGGCAAACAGUAAAGCACAGCAAAAGACAGCCAAGUCCGUAGUUGAGAUGUUGCGGAAAACACCAGAGGAGGUGGUGGAUGAGAGACUUUCAGGCUCUUAUCAGCCCACAAUCUUGGCUAGUGCAAAAAGCAAGGAGGACAAACACUAUGUGGACAUGCAGUGGGCUUUGUUCUUCUAUGAGUGCGGUGUACCUUUCAAUGCCGCAGCAGCUAGGCAGUUUCAGAUUGCAAUUGAGGCCACAGCACAGUUUGGUUCAGGGUAUAAGCCCCCAACACCUUACCAACUAGGCGAGCCAUUGCUACAAGAGGCUGUGAAGACAACAAAUACAAUGAGGGAGGAACAUGAGCGUGCAUGGAAACACUAUGGUUGCACACUCAUGUCUGAUGGAUGGUCUGAUAGGAGGGGACGCCAUCUCAUUAACUUCUUAGUGAACAGCCCAGAGGGCACUUAUUUUUUAGAGUCCGUUGAUGCAUCUAGUGAAGUACAUGAUGCAUACAUGCUUGCUGAUUUGCUUGAGAAAAAAGUUGAUGAGAUUGGGAGAGACAAGGUUGUACAAGUUGUUACUGAUAAUGGUGCCAAUUACAAAGCUGCAGGCAAGCUUCUAAUGGAGAGGAUUCCUACUUUAUUUUGGAGUCCAUGUGCUGCACAUUGCUUGGACCUAAUGUUGGAGGACAUAGGAAACUUGAAGGAAUUCAAGAAACCAAUUGCACGUGCAAGGCGUGUGACAACUUUCAUAUACCGACACGGGAGAAUUCUUGCUGCCAUGAGAGAGAAAACUGGUGGGGCUGAUCUUGUGAGGCCUGCAGCCACUCGUUUUGCUACUUCCUUUCUCACAUUGAAGAGCUUGUACAAGCACAAGGAUGCUUUGAAGGCUUUAUUUGCAAGCACAGCUUGGACUGAUAACAGAUUGUCAAAGACUAGUACUGGAUUGGAUGUGUAUAACAUUGUCUUCUCCACACAGUUUUGGAAUUCAGUAGAAGAUUGCCUUAGAGCUUCGGGGCCACUACUUAUUGUACUUAGGGUGGUAGAUGGAGAUGAGAGGCCAGCUAUGCCAGAGGUCCAAGCAUUGAUGAAAUGUGCAAAGGAAAAGAUCAAUCAAAGCUUUGCUGUCCAAAGCAAGAAGACUUUACUCAAGAAAAUCAUAACUAUAAUUGAACGGCGUUGGGAGAAACAAAUGGAUCACCCAUUGUAUGGGGCUGCAAUGUAUUUGAACCCAGGAAAGUUGCAUCCUCUCAUAAGAAAUGAUGAUGAUGCUACUGUUGGUCAGCUAAGAGGUUGCUUUCUUGAUGUGCUUGCAAGAAUGGUAGAUGAUGAGGAAACUAGAGACAAGAUCAAUUCUCAAGCAAUGGAUUACGAGUUUCUUAGAGGAGCAGCUUUUUCAAAUAAGAUGGCCAAAGAUAACCUACAAACUAUGACCCCACGUAAGUGUUUGUGGCUGUUACUAGUUUACUACUUACUAGUUGUUGCUAGUAGCUUGCUAAAUUGUUGUGAUGUUAUUGCAGUUGAGUGGUGGCGUUCGUAUGGUGGUCGUGCUAUUGAGUUACAGAGAUUUGCUAGACGUUUGGUGAGUCUUUGUGCGUCUUCAUCAGGUUGUGAACGCAAUUGGAGUACCUUUGAAUUUAUCCAUACAAAGAAAAGAAACCGAUUGUUGCAUAAGAGGUUGAAUUCUAUUGUCUUCAUUUCCUACAACAGAAAGAUGAAAGCUAGGUUCCAAAAACUACGCCAGAAGAAGGGGAAAAACUUUGAUCCAUUGGUUCAUGAGGACUUCAACUGGGACAAUGAGUGGGCUGAUUCUUUGCAUGUAGUCCCUGAAGGUGGGCGUGGGUGUGAGUGUGACCUUACAUGGGACCUUGUGGAUAAUGCCAUUGGAGCAUCGCAAGCACUUCGUGGCCGAAACUUACCAAGAAGGGCCCAUAAUGUGUAUUCAAGAAGAAAUUCUGUUGCUGCACAAAACAUGUCAGAGGCUGAAGAGGAAGAUGAAGAUGAAGAUGAAGAUGUUCCACAUGACGAUGCAGAAAUCACAGAUUGUGAAGAUGAAUCUAAUGGUGGCAAUGCUGGUGAAGAAGGGGAGGCACCCAAUAUCCCAGGAGAGUUUGAUGAUGAUUUUUGAGCGACGAGAGACAGGGAGAGUAGCUAUUGCUAGAUUGCAUUAGCAAUUUAGCAUAUUUGCUGCAUUACUAACUGCAGCUAGUUACUAUUAAUUAUGCCAUUACAAACUAUCUAUGUGGCUAUUUCAGAUUUGGACAUUUGGUAUUGUGUUGUUUUAAAUUUUGUGACUUGUUGUUGUUCCUUUAGAAACUACUUUGUGGCUAUUUCAUAUCCAUUAUUAUGCUAUUGUGAA